CCGGGAUUCUCUUCUGGUUCCUUGACUGUUUCAAGAAGCUACUGUCAUUUUCCCUAUUUCGUCAUCGUUUCGCGUGAUUUCGUGGAGUAUGUUUCGACACGUAACACUGUGACGAAACGUCAAAAGUUUCUUGAUUAACGAACGUUCGUUGACUCCGGAAUUCUUGCUUUAUCUAGAGUCUCGUUGUCAGUACUUCAGAAGCUGCCAGUAGCCAAAGAGGCGGAGGCGGAGGAAGAGGAGGAGGAGGAGGAGGAGGUCUCACCUCCGAGAGGUGAUCGCGAACGAUGCUCGAGACACCGGUGAGGAAGUCACGGUCGUGAAAAUGCGUGCCUCGAAUCGAGUCGCGUGUUCACCCGUGCCAGCCUAGCAAAGGACUGAGCUUGGCCUGGUGACGAUGCAAGAUAACUCCAAAGAGAUGUUCAUCAUUCGAGCAUUAGAAAAGAUCCUGGCUGACCGGGAUGUCAAACGGUCGCAUCUCUCUCAACUUAGAAAAUCCUGCGAAACUGCACUCGAUAAUUUGCGGAAUGAGAUUAAAGAAGUGUCAGGCACGCAGGUUUCAACUGCAUUGCCUCAGCCCCGCAGUGAAUCCUAUGUUAUUUCUGCAGAAAAAUAUUUUUUACCAUUCGAACUUGCCUGUCAGAGCAAGUCUCCACGAAUUGUGCAAACUGCUCUGGACUGUCUGCAGAAAUUGAUUGCUUACGGCCAUCUGACUGGAAAUGUACCUGACUCUACCGAGCCAAAUAAACUGUUAAUCGUCCGGAUCGUUGAGACAAUCUGUGGAUGUUUCAUAGGACCGCAAACGGAUGAGGGUGUUCAGUUGCAGAUCAUAAAGGCACUUUUGACAGUAAUGACUAGUCAGCAUGUCGAAGUUCACGAGGGUACCGUACUUCUUGCGAUACGCAUUGUUUACAGCGUUUAUUUGGCCUCUAAGAACCUGGUUAAUCAAACCACGGCUCGUGCUACGCUCACCCAGAUGAUCAAUGUCAUUUUCGCACGAAUGGAAACACAAGCUGAAGAGGAAAAUAUUAAAAAUGAAAUGGAGCACACAGAAACUGCUGUCAACACUACCAACUGCACUUCCAGUGGAGAACUUGAAACUGAGACAGUGAAUAAUGAAGAAACUGCUACAGAAAAUAGUCAAGAGACACAUUUAAUUGUACGAGGGAUUCUGGAGGAUGUAGUCAAUUCCGUGGUACCAGAGGAUACAACCAGUGCAGCGACAAUAGUGUCAGAGGAAGCAAGCUUAGACCAAGUGCCUAUGGACGACAACUCCGACGAGGCUGUGGCAGAAAGCGACAAUAUGGUCAGGGCGAAAUUUACACAUGUCCUGCAGAAAGAUGCUUUCCUGGUCUUCAGAGCACUCUGUAAACUUUCUAUGAAACCCCUUCCGGAUGGUACUCUAGAUCCUAAGUCACACCAUCUCAGGUCUAAGAUCCUUUCGUUGCAACUACUUCUGGGCAUACUGCAAAACGCGGGACCAGUAUUACGUUCGAACGAGAUGUUCGUAAUAGCUAUAAAACAAUACCUCUGCGUAGCGCUCUCAAAGAACGGCGUCUCAUCGGUUCCUGAGGUGUUCGAACUUUCGUUGGCGUUGUUCUUGGCCUUGCUGGCUCGUUUCAAAGUGCACUUAAAAAUGCAGAUAGAGGUUUUCUUCAAGGAAAUCUUUAUGAACAUUCUUGAAACUUCCAGUAGCUCCUUCGACCACAAGUGGAUGGUGAUACAUGCUUUGACACGCAUUUGUGCGGACGCUCAAAGCGUUGUUGACAUAUAUGUGAACUACGAUUGUGAUCUUUCAGCUGCAAAUUUAUUCGAAAGGCUUGUAAAUGAUUUGUCAAAGAUUGCACAAGGUAGACAAGCGUUGGAAUUGGGUGCUUCGCCUAAUCAGGAGAAAUCGAUGCGUAUCAGAGGUCUAGAGUGCUUAGUUUCCAUUCUGAAAUGCAUGGUUGAGUGGAGUAGAGAUUUGUACGUGAAUCCGAGCGUGCCAGCUGAUCAACAGCUGCCUUCAGAACCGCCAGAUCCUCCUGCGGAACCGCCAUUACCGCGUUAUGGCAGCGCAGGAAGUUUGUCGUCUGCGAAUUCUAGUCUGGCAGGAAACAAGGAGAUUCCGGACUCCCCAGAGCAAUAUGAAGUGCAGAAGCAACAAAAAGAAGUGUGGGAAACAGGGAUCGACAUUUUUAAUCGAAAGCCAAGCAAGGGAGUACAAUAUCUUCAAGAACAAGGUCUUCUAGGUAAUUCGUCUGAUGACGUUGCCCGCUGGCUACAUAUGGACGAACGACUCGAUAAAACCGCGAUAGGCGAUUUUCUCGGCGAUCAUAAUCACAAUCAGGUGAUGUACAGCUAUAUUGAUCAAAUGAAUUUUGCUGACCGCGAUUUAGUUACAGCCCUCAGAUACUUUCUCGAGGGCUUCCGAUUGCCCGGCGAGGCGCAGAAGAUCGAUCGGCUCAUGGAAAAGUUCGCCAGCCGAUAUUGUGAAUGUAAUCCAAAUAACGGAUUGUUCACAAGCGCUGACACCGCUUACGUGCUGGGUUUUUCCAUAAUCAUGCUCACAACCGAUCUCCACUCGCCGCAAGUUAAAAAUAAAAUGACGAAAGAACAGUAUAUCAAGUUGAACCGGCGGAUUAGUGAUAACGAAGACUUACCUGAAGAAUAUUUAUCAAAGAUUUACGAUGAGAUUGCCGGUAAUGAGAUUAAGAUGAAAUCAAAUCCCAACAGACCUGGAAAGCAAGUAAUAUCCAGUGAAAAGAAACGACGUUUGCUGUGGAACAUGGAGAUGGAAGUAAUAUCGACCGCAGCGAAAAACUUGAUGGAAUCCGUCAGCCACGUUCAGGCGCCGUUCACAACAGCCAAACACUUAGAACACGUUCGACCGAUGUUUAAAAUAGCUUGGACACCGUUUUUGGCUGCGUUCAGCGUCGGUCUCCAAGAUUGUGAUGACCCUGAAAUAGCUUCUUUAUGCUUAGACGGCAUCAGAUGUGCAAUUCGCAUCGCUUGCAUAUUUCAUAUGACGUUGGAGCGAGACGCAUACGUACAAGCGCUAGCGCGGUUCACUUUGCUGACUGCGAAUUCUCCCAUCACCGAAAUGAAGGCGAAGAACAUAGAUACCAUAAAGACAUUAAUAACCGUGGCGCACACUGAUGGAAAUUACCUUGGCAGUUCCUGGUUGGACGUAGUAAAAUGCAUCUCACAAUUGGAACUCGCGCAAUUAAUAGGGACCGGAGUCAGACCGCAGCUUUUGGGCCCGCCGUCUAAGCCACAUUUCCCUUCACCAUUGGUGACUUUUAAUCUAACCCAUAAUAACUCUCAUCAAAAUAACAAUUUGAAUCUCAGUUCACUAGACCCAAGCGUGAAAGAGUCAAUAGGAGAAACAAGCUCCCAGAGUGUGGUUGUAGCUGUUGAUAGAAUCUUUACAGGGUCCACCAGACUAGAUGGAGAUGCAAUCGUGGAAUUCGUCAAGGCUCUAUGUCAGGUGUCUCUAGAAGAAUUAUCCCACCCAACCCAGCCACGCAUGUUCUCGUUGACCAAGAUCGUUGAAAUCUCCUAUUAUAACAUGGGUCGUAUCAGACUUCAGUGGUCUAGGAUUUGGCAGGUUAUCGGAGAUCACUUUGACAGAGUUGGCUGUAGUCCUCGACAAGAGAUAGCAUUCUUUGCAGUCGAUUCUUUGAGACAAUUGGCUACAAAGUUCAUUGAAAAAGGCGAGUUCGCGAACUUCCGGUUUCAAAAGGACUUUCUAAGACCGUUCGAGCAUAUUAUGAAGAAGAAUAGAUCGCCGGUGAUCAAGGACAUGGUUGUUCGUUGCGUUGCGCAGAUUGUACACUCGCAGGCUCCUAAUAUUCGGUCCGGUUGGAAGAACAUAUUCAGCGUGUUCCAUCAUGCUGCUAGCGAUAGGGACGAAUCUGUGGUCGAACUGGCAUUUUCAAUGACCGGAAAAAUUAUUAAUGAGUUGUACGCAGAAGACUUCAGCAUCAUGGUAGACUCCUUUCAAGAUGCCGUCAAGUGCCUCAGUGAAUUCGCCUGCAAUGCCUCUUUCCCAGAAACAAGCAUGGAGGCCAUAAGGUUGAUACGGUCUUGCGCUUCGUAUAUCGAUGUCAAUCCAAAUCUGUUCGCAGAAGGAAUGAUGGAUGACAGUGGAAUGGUGUCCGAGGAGGAUAGAGCUUGGGUAAGGGGAUGGUUUCCGCUAUUGUUUGAGUUAUCCUGUAUAGUGAAUAGAUGUAAAUUAGACGUGCGAACACGAGCACUGACCGUUCUAUUCGACGUUGUGAAAACUCAUGGCGCAUCUUUCAAACCCCACUGGUGGAAGGACCUGUUUCAAGUUCUGUUCAGAAUCUUUGAUAACAUGAAGCUUCCUGAGCAACACACAGAGAAAGCGGAAUGGAUGACAACAACGUGCAACCAUGCGCUUUACGCCAUCGUGGACGUCUUCUCCCAGUUUUACGAUACUCUAGGGCCUCUUCUAUUGGAACAACUAUACUCUCAAUUACUUUGGUGUGUACAACAGGAUAACGAACAACUGGCACGAUCGGGUACCAAUUGUCUAGAAAAUCUGGUCAUUAGCAAUGGAAUCAAGUUCGAUGAAAAGACUUGGGAGAAGACUUGUUGCUGCGUACUAGAUAUAUUCGAAAGCACAUUGCCAUCAGCGUUGCUGACAUGGAAGCCGCAGUCUCCUAAUAAAGAGUCCGACCUUGAUGUGAUCACAGGCGAUGCUGACGGUCACGUGGGCAUUUUAAAAAGGAGCAACAGCUCUCAGAGUUUAACGAAUAGCGACACAUUGAAGAACAAAGUAUUCUCCGCGCUUUUGAUCAAGUGCGUGGUCCAGUUGGAGCUGAUCCAAACGAUAGAUAACAUUGUAUUUUAUCCGGCCACGUCGCGCAAGGAGGACCAGGAAAAUCUUGCACUGGCACAAGCAGAUAUGUUCAACGGAAAGUCCUCCGAACUAGGCGUGAGAGCAGGGGCAGAUCAGCAGAAGGAGGAGCAAGGCAUGUACUGUGCCCUUACCACCACACAUUUACUGCAGCUAGUCGAAUGUCUCCUAAAGUCUCACCGGUUUGCCAAGGGCUUCAACUCCAAUCAUGAGCAACGAAAUGUCCUGUGGAAGGCUGGUUUCAGGGGUAGCGUGAAGCCUAAUUUGUUGAAGCAGGAGACGCAGUCGUUAGCCUGUGCUCUGCGGAUCCUUUUCAAGAUGUAUAGCGAUGAAGCUCACAGAGCGGAUUGGAGCAAAGUGGAGGCUAGGCUGGUGGAGGUAGCCUGCGAAGCGUUAGAAUAUUUCCUGGCGUUAUCGAACGAGGCUCAUAGGGAAGCUUGGACCCCAAUUUUGUUGCUACUCCUUACUAGAAUUCUCAAGAUGAGCGACAACAGGUUCGCGGUCCAUGCAUCCAACUGUUACCCUCUGCUCUGCGAGGUGAUGUGCUUUGAUCUCAAGCCGGAAUUGCGAUCCGUUUUGCGGAGAUUCUUUUUAAGGAUCGGUCCAGUGUUCAGGAUCACCCAACAAUAGUCGUUGUAACAGUUUAGAAGGAAAAUGGCCGUGUUUUUUAUCGCUUUACGGUGUAUAAAGUCGAUUCUUGUAAUUACAGGUUGUGAGUCCCUUUCUGAUAGUAGUAGAAGAAUCUUGUAUAGUUGAAUGAAGGGAUAUCUGGUCUACAUGAUUGAUAUCACGAUGUUUUCUUUCCUAAGCAAUGAAAGAAGAUAGUUUUGCAAUCUCUAGAAGUGUUGCUAUCACCUCUGCCACAAUCAUAAAAGAAAGAUUUGUUACAAAAUGGCAGUCGAUUGAAACUCGUAGUUCUUGUAUUAUAAGUUUUAGGUGCCAUAGAAAAUUGGAGUUUUGAAAAUACUGACUUGAUUAUGGUAGAGAUUAACCUGAUUUAAAAGAAUCAAUUUUUCUGUACUAUUGUGUAUGUAGAUAGCGAAUAUAGCAUUGGGCAGAUUCUUGUUCUCUCUGUUCUAUAAGUAAGAAUCUUCUUUAUACACGAAAAUUUGUCUAAACGGUACGAGCGAGAUAAUUAUCCAUUUCAACUAUUUUCUCAGAUAUGGGAAUCAAAAGAAUGUUAAAGAGGUAUGUACGAGCAGAACAAAAUAAGAAACAAUGUUUUAGCUAAAACGUUAGAAGAAGCAUAACGUGUAUGUAUUGUAUAUGUUUCGAAAUCUCAAUUGUAUUUACUUCGUUCUUCUUUUUUAUAAGAAAGAGCCUUCAAUGGGAGACCUAUAUAUUCGGUCGAUUACGUAUACGCAGGGUAUUUAAUAAAUAGGGUAUUUUCUGGAUAUAAAAAGUUCUUAUCGUAGUGUUUUUUUUAAAAUUAGAUUUUAAUAUUCGGUUCAUCGAUCGGUUGUAAUUUAAUGAUAAAAAAAAUAUUCCUAGAUGAACAUUAAUUAUUAUUUAGUAAGGCUAGGGUAAAAAACGGUUCGACAAAUGUUGAUAGUCAAUUUAUUUACAAUGCUUGAUAGUCUUCUACAUCGCGUGCCAGUUGUGUCUGGGAAUGAAAGCUCGUGUUUCUCAGAAAAUACACUAUUUAUGAAAUGUUUUGUAUAUUUAAACAUAAUCAUAUACAAGGUGUCUCUCAAAGUAUACUGUAUUAUAGACGGAUUAAAUUGUUGUUUGAAGAAGAAGAUAAUUUUCCAUAUUUUUAUAGAAUCGAUUAGCGACCUUGGUCAUCACUCGAAUAAGUUACAAAAAUCUUUAUCACCUGUAGCCACGUAGAAGCUUCAACAAUUGUUUUAUUUUGGACUUAGAGACCUUAUUUUUUACGGUACAUUUUUCGAGACACUGUAUGUAUAUUCAAAAUACUUAGGAAAUGAUAGUAUAAGCAAGAAGUGGCGGAUACUUAAUUGGAAAUAAAACGGUUUACGACGACUAUUUUCUUCUGAAAGAAAUGUUCAGUCUCGAAUUCAGAAAUGGUUGAAUUAUUAAACGCAAUGGAUAAAAGACCCGACGUUUUCAAACAACUUGAACUACAACUCUUCUCAGUUUUGGUUAUUUCUCGCAAAUACUUUAUAUCCAAUUCUGUUCGGUACACUUUCGCUCUCUGUGUUCAAUUUUAAUAAACGCAAACGUCUAAAGCACAGGUUUUUAAUGAAUUUUUCGAGAUCCAAUUCACUAGGGGAAAAAAAAUAGUAUUUCAUACUAUCGAGUUUCUCGUCUCUAGCUUGUACUAUUGUUUUUGACACGCAGCCUGUGUAUAAAUGCAAAACUUGCAUAGUCAUCACCAAGUAGUCAUAUAAAUAUCCAUCGUGGAUAGGUGUUCAGACAACGAGUGAUAGAUAUCUUGAUAACUCGCUAGGGUUUCGAUCGUUGCAUGUAUAUUCACACCGUAUAGAACUAUUUAUGCUUAAGUUAGAUUAAUUAUUUACAUAAUGCAAUAUUUAAAUAAAUUCUAGAGAAACGAUA